AAACGACGCAUGCGCAGUUGUGGCAGAGCAGUUGCUCAGAGGAAAAUUGGUGUUUUAAAACGAGUUAGGCGAAUUUUAUCAUCAGCCGAUGUCCAGCGUAUGGGUUCAUUGUUUAUAUUUGUCGCCGACUCUCCAUUUAACAAACAAACGGUUCAAGAAGUGCAACUUUUCCCUCCAUUCGCUAACGUAAGAGCCACUAGGAAGCCUGAAAUGGCCGUGAUGAGUGCUUGUAGCCAAUUGCAAUAAGAAGUAGGCGGGAUAUAACGUGCUCCGCCAAUCGUUGUGUACCAUCCCUGUUCCCUCAGCAACGAGGCAAACUACGCAUGCGCAGUCGUUACCAGGGCUGAGAAGCCGUCAGUGGAAAGCAGACGUACGAAAUCAGGCCCGACUGUAGUAAUGCUGGGAAGCACAAUAAUAAACCACAGACAACACGUGGGACUGCAGCAGCUGUUUGCACUGGCCGCUGCCGCACACUCCACAUUGGGACCCCAUAAAAAGUACAAGUUCAUUCAGGAUGAAGCUACCGGGGAGUCGAUUCUGGUCGGGUCGUGUUUUCGCAUCCUGGAAAACCUGGACCUAACCACCUGCGCUGUCGGCCAGCUGGUUCACGAGACGGUUCGGGCGCACCAUGAGGUUUAUCGCACGGGGUCCGAAUACCUGCUGUUUUUCGCAGGAGCGUGGAGUCGGGCGGCAUUAUCGUGCUUGCAGCAAGGGAUUCCGACUUUCCGUAUCGUUGAGGCCUUGACCGAGGGGAUGGACGUGUGUGUGGACGUUUGCAAGAAAAGCAGCGUUUCGUUCGAUGCUCUUUGUGCGUCUCCACGAAAACGAGUUACAGAGGCACCAUCUGACACCAAAGUCGGCAAAGGAAAAAGGCAAGUAAAGCUAAGUCGCUAUUUUUGCAACACCAAGCCUGAAAGGAGUCCAGUCCUAGAGCCUCGUCUUCCUGACAUCGCAAACUUGGCAGGUGGACUGAGCCACGGUUGCGAUGACGCAAUGCGUUUAGUCAUCCAAGCCAGUCGUAUCCAGUCGAAAGACAUCCCGAGUUCUGCCUUCGACGUGACUAAAGUGACCACUUGCGUGUUGCCAGGUUUCCCGGAGGAUCACGCUCACAUUUGUCCGGGCUGUGUCGUUCUCCUCAAUGGAGAACAGGCUUCUGUGGCCCAUCACCUCAAGGACCAACCUCUGGACGUCGUUCUUAUCAGUGGCGAUUUAUCGCACACCUAUCGCCAUCUUGGCUUUAACAGGCCUGCGGGUGUGCAACGUGUCGCUGACCAGUCCGAUUUGUCAAAUUUGAGCGUAGAGGAAGAGUGGAUUGGAAAGGUCCUGGCGCUCCUCUCGCACCUGGAAGUGGACUUGGUGCUAGUCAGUGGGCUCGUCAACGAGGCCGUAUUUCAACUCUGUUCUCAGCAUCGGAUACUUGUAGUUGGAAAAGUGAAAGCGUCCAUUUUAAAGGAAAUGGCUAAUGCAAUCGGAGCGGUUCCGGUCACAUAUGCGACACAGUUGAGUAAGCGCUGUGUUGGCAAGGGUGUUCAGGUCAGCAUAUGGAGGGAAAUUCAGAGCCAUAAGGGGACGCCGUUAACCGCUGCCAAUAUUUAUGCCAGUGCGAGCGCCCGGUUGGUCACGGCCAUUAUCACCAGCUGUGUGCACGGGAAGGUGCAGGCCCUGGAGGACCGUUUUUGGGCUUGCGCCUACCGCAUACACCACGCCCUGAAAGACAAAGCGGUGCUGCCUGGCGCUGGAGUGACGGAGAUGCUUUGUAUUCGUCGCCUGAUGAAGAAAGUAGAUGCGGAGAGUCCCAGAGAUGGGACCAGUGGUUCUAACCCCUACCUUGGCAUUGUCCUGCACCUCCUGGCAGACAGUUUUAAAGAAUACCUAUCCGCCUUGAUGGCCAACGCCACCGGGAUUUCACAAGUCAAAGCCAGGACUGCGGUGAACCAGAAACUACAAGACUUCAACGGCAUUUCUGCAGAGUUCUCACAACUUAUCUUGGACUCUGAUGUCCCCCCCUCUAAAAUCUUUGACAAUCUUAGCGUCAAACAGGAAUCAUGGAGGAAGGCCCUGGAUUUGGUUUUGCUUGUUUUGCAGACGGACGCAGAGAUUAUUACUGGUGUAGAUCAAAGCAAGUGUGGUGAUCAUGCAGAUCUCGUGUUUUUAUGACCUCACAAGAAGAAGAGACAUUUUUUUUUGUUGUUGUUCGUUUUUUUUACAUGGACUGGAAAAGUGUGGUACAAGUGCCUAUUUAUUAGGUUGGCAGUUUUCAAACUGGGACCCCCAGAUCCCCAGGGAUCCGCGAGCCUUAGUUAGGGAGUCUGCUAAAUAUCCAUCCAUCCAUCCAUCCAUCCAUUUUCUACCGCUUAUCUGAGGUCGGGUCGCGGGGGCAGUAGCUUAAGCAGGGACGCACAGACUUCCCUCUUCCCGAGGCGUUCCCAGGCCAGCCGAAGGAUGUAGUCUCUCCAGCGUGUCCUGGGUCGUCCGGGAGGCAUCCGAAUCAGAUGCCCCAGCCACCUCAUCUGGCUCCUCUCGAUGUGGAGGAGCAGCGGCUCUAUCUACUCUGAGAGUCUUCCGGAUGACCGAGCUUCUCACCCUAUCUCUAAGGGAGAGCCCGGACACCCUGCGGAGGAAAUUCAUUUCAGUCGCUUGUAUCCGGGAUCUUGUUCUUUCGGUCAUGACCCACAGCUCGUGAUCAUAGGUGAGGGUAGGAUCAUAGAUUGACCGGUAAAUCGAGAGCUUCGCUCGUUUCCAGUGAGGGUUGGACUCCGCCAAGGCUGCCCUUUGUCACCGAUUCUGUUCAUAACUUUAUGGACAGAAUUUCUAGGUACAGCCGAGGCGUAGAGGGGGUCCGGUUUGGUGGCCUCAGUAUUGCAUCUCUGCUUUUUGCAGAUGAUGUGGUUCUGUUGGCUUCAUCAAGCCAUGAUCUCCAACUCUCACUGGAGCAGUUCGCAGCUGAGUGUGAAGCGGCUGGGAUGAGAAUCAGCACCUCCAAAUCUGAGACCGUGGUCCUCAGUUGGAAAAGGGUGGCGUGCCCUCUCCAGGUCGGGGAUGAGAUCUUGCUCCAAGUGGAGGAGUUCAAGUAUCUUUGGGUCUCGUUCACGAGUCUGCUAAAUAAUUUUCAAAAAAUUAUGUUGUAACCUACCUACUUGACCUUUGCAGCAAUUUUCUGGCACACGCUUUGAUAUAAUUGUGACGUAUCAUCAUAUAAAUUGAGAAUAAAAGGCACAAUUCCUUUGAGGGCAUAUUCCCAUUUUUAUAAAGAAGUCUUUCCCAGAAUAGAAUAUGUAUUAUUUUAGUUGUAUUUUCCAAAUUCCUAGGCUACGUUUUAAUUCCUAUGUUAUGCAGUUGUACACAUGGUAGUUUUUGUUCAAUUGGUGUACGGGGUUUUUCCUCACCCUGUAAGGAGUCUCUGGACCCCAAAUAUUUUGACAACCCUUGUAUUAUGUGAAGGGGAUGUUCUUCGCUGUCAGUCAUUCUAAAAUUGUACUACCCGUGUUUACCACAUGGGAGAGACAGAUGGUUAGUUGAUGAAAUUUGCCGACAUGUGAAUACUGGGAAUGGUUGAUGAGUAGGAAACAUUACAUCUGCUUCACAGUCAGAGGUUCGAAUCGCUGCUUUCUGUGGAGUUUGACUCUGUGCUUUAUCCAGGUACUGUGGAUUCAAAGACUCUAAAUUGUCCACAGGUGAGAAUGUGUUCACGAAUGGUUGUUUGCCUCUAUGUGCCCUGCGGUUGGCUGGCAACCACUCCACGGUAAAAUCACCUCGCCUCGGGGUAGAGAAAUGGGUGAAUAGAUCUUAUUUGGAAUUCUUUCCGCAGCCAUAGACAAAGUGGUAGUCCUGGGAUACUAAUUCUGUUCACACGCACAUGUGUGGAAUGUAGCAUGUCAACAGUAGUCCAUCUCUAAUUGAAUAGAUGUCUGUUUUUUGAUCCCCUUGAUAUUAUGCUAUCAAGCUCUCGAUAGAUUUUUGUGUGAAGAAAAGUAGGCAUGAAACAAAAUACAGAUAUUGCCACGUAAUGCAAAGUCAACAUGUAAUAGGUACGGUUGUCUCUGAAAGAUUAUCCUGACCGAUUAGAUUAUCCAGUGGUUAAAAUGUCAAUAUCAGGAUUUGCACGUUUUGAUUGAGGUUGGCUGGAAUGUUUCAUGUCGUUUUAGGUUGCUUCACGCAGUUUUGUAAGUCUGGGUUAUUGACACAAAAACAACGAAACAGGGACCAGUGAUUGUGAUUUGCAUUUGCACACGUCACUAGAGAAUGCUUUUUGGGUAUACAUUAUGGAAACGUGAUUUUUGAAUUUUUUUGCACACAAGUUGGGCCCACCCAACAAGUGUGAAAUUCACCAACGCGUUCUCUGAGGUCAGCCGACAGAUCUCUCUCUCCUUGUCGUCCCUAGAGCAAGGUUGAAACGCAGGGGACACACAGCCUUUGCUGUGGAAGCCCCCGAGCUCUGCAAUGAGGUGCCCCCCACGUUAGACUAGCUCCCACUUUCCUUAAUUUUCAAUCUCAUUUUUAAAAAAACAUUUGUUUUCCCUGGCAUUCUCAGACCCUGCAUGAGUUUUCCAGUGUGUGGUUUUGUGAUUGUGAUACAUUUUUGUAAACUGUUUUUAAUGUCCUGCAUUUGUUGUGUGUUAUUGGUGCUAAAUAAAUUGGUUUGGAUUGGAAAUUA